GUACAUUUGGGUCAAAUAACAAAUCUUUAAGUAUUUAAUAUGUAAAUGAAAUAAAACAAAAAACAACUACCGACCAAAAGUUUCCAUCUCUAUACUUAUGUCGGUUUUUAUCGAUCACAACCAUAUAUAAAAGACACCCCGAAUUGAAUCAAACACAACUGUUCAUCCGACUUUGGUAUCCAAGACUUACUUCUGGUUUGAAAAAAAAAGCAUUAUGCAUAUCAAAAGUGCUGUUAUCCUUUGUGCGCUGUACUUCGUAACCGUGACACAGAGUAUCGGACUCUCUAAAGGUCAACUCGAACAUAUAGUUAAGCUAUUCUGUGAGUACAAAAAAAGUAAUAACUUGAUUCCCAUGGAAGGUGUCACGGCACUGAUGGAAAAAAUGAGAGUGGAAAAUAAUUCAGAUUUUAAAUUAAACGAAGAUAAGACUAACGAUCAAAACGCACAAGAUUUUAUGGUAUUUUUGGCCACUAACGAAAAGGGAACUGACAGCUGGACGGACCAAAGUGUAACAUCUUUCGAAGUGUUAAUUUUAGUUAGUCUGUUCGAUAAACGCGACCGAAUGGGCACUCCAGAUGGUCUACUUAACUACGAAGAAGUAAUGGAAGUCGUCGACGCUUUAAUUCUAACAAGUGAAAUCAGAAAGUUUUUAGGAGGCGAAUUUCAUGAAGGUUAUGAAUAUAACGCUGUAGAAGUCGUGGACGGCUAUUUGACUGAAAAAACAGAUGGCAAAGGCUUAGACUAUAACCAGAUUAAGCAGCUGAACAUCAUUAAAGAUUUUAAAAAAGAUGGCGUACACAUUGAUGAUGUUGAAAUAACAACCUUUUACAAAAAAUUAUCUCUAGUGAAAGAUGAGUACAAAAGCCUUUUGGAUUUAAAGACCACUCGAACGGCUCCUUUGGCGUUGCAAGAGUUGAUGGUUAAUUCAUCAGAAUACUACUACAUACAGGAUGAAGUCUACUCAGAAGAAGACACCUCCGAAAUCGAUAACGAACUUGGAGGAAUUGCAGAUCAUCAUUGUCAUAAUAAGGACUGUCACACCCUUGAACAACACCGUCUUACUGAAGAAAGUGCAGAUCAUCAAUGUCAGAACAAGGACUGUCACACCCUUGAACAACACCGUCUUACUGAAGAAAGUGCAGAUCAUCAAUGUCAGAACAAGGACUGUCACACCCUUGAACAACACCGUCUUACUGCAGAGCACAACCAAGGGGCCGACAAAACAGCUGAUCUCAUAUAUACUACCUCUUCAGUAAGAGAAUUUAUACAGGAAUUCACUCUGCUCGACGCUGACAAAAACGGUGCACUCGGUGACCAUGAACUUAUAGACCUUGUUAAAAGGCUUUCCCUGAACCAAGACAUUGACGCUAUUACUAAAAGAUUCGAUACCGAUGCCAGCCGUCAAUUGGACGUAGUAGAGUUCUUCAUGGUGGCAGUAGAAAUAAAUCUAAUAAUAAUCGAUCCGGAUACGUUUGAUUAUAGCAAGUAUCAUGAAGAGAAUAAUGCGAAAAUUAAUAACUAUGUGAAUUAUAAGAAAUAUAUAGCUGAGCUCCAAUAAAUGUUUAAUGGUUCUUUUUCAAAGUGGUUUAUUUUUAUA